CUAGGGAAAGCGCUACAGUAGUAACGUUACUAUCGCCGCGUCAGAUGAUUAGCUGCGAGUACAAACACUGUUAAACGACUGACAGCUCGCCGCUCCUUUCAGUGUUACGAAACGGUGGACGUUGUCAAUAAUGUAUAUUGGACCGUCGUUCACACGGUGAAGCCUCUCUCGUAGCGCUGAUAAUGCUGAAAAUGAAGCUACCGAUGAAAACGGGCGAGGAAGGAGGCGACGAAACGGCCGAGGACGAUUCAUUGGAGCAGCCGGAGCACCAACAUCUUCCCGGGGCUGUGCCUCCCUCUUCGGUGUCCGACAGAGUGGACGAGUCGCCCAGACCUUAUGUGUACCCAUCCCAGCUGGACAAGGAGACUGUUUUCGAGUGGUUCGGCCUACAUCUAAACCCCGCUAAGCGGAUCGAGUUCAUGUGCGGGCUGCUCCAUAUGUGCCAACCCCUGGAGCUCCGCUUUUUGGGAUCUUACUUAGAGGAUCUCGCUAGGAAAGAUUACCACGUUUUAAGGGACUUUGAGUUUCGGGCAAAUAGUCCGAGCGAUUUGGGAGUUUUAACAGACGUGAUCGACCCAGUUGUCCGGUCCAAACUCCUGGUCUGCCUGUCCCUCCUCGGCUCUGACAGCAGGGAAUGUGCUGGAAUACUCUUUCGGAUACUGAACCAUGUUGAUCAGGCCUUGUUCUACAAAAAUUACGACUACUCCCUUCCUCCGUUAAGGGACCCUCUCCACCACUCGUCCCAUCCGCCGUGUCAGGACGGGAAUGUGUACGGGCGGUCGGAGCAGACCUGCGGCUUCUCCGCUAACGAAACCGCGGCGGGACCUCUGGAGCAGUUGGCGCUGCUUUAUACCAUGGCCUCCCUGCACCCAGCUUUCCAUUUCCACCAGCGGGAGAUAGUCCGAGGGCAGCUCGACAAAAUAGAGUUUGCCAUAGAGGAGGAGAGACGUCAAAGUCAGCUUAGAAUAAACGCCCAGACAACGGAGCUGAUGGGUCAGGAGGCGGAUUACCUGCCUCCCCCAGCCGGUUUGGGGGAAUGUACAGCCUCGCAUCCUCCAUGCCAGAGCCGACGCUCCAGUCGCUGGGCAACACAAAGAGAAGCGGUGCAUAUAGAGAGAAUCGUGCUCAGGGGCAUCUCUCGGACCAGAAAAGACAAGGAAUACAACUUUGAGGUGAAGUGGUCAGACUCUUCUUCAAGCAGUGUGACCAAAACCCAUGUGGAACUGGAGAAUUUCCUUCAAAAGCUUCCUAAGGAUCAGUGUACUGAGUCUUUUGAGAAGAGCAUCCUGAGGCUCUUGAACCAGGGGGACCAGAGUGAGAGCAGGGAUGUGGAGAAGAACCUCAGGGAAAGGUUCCUAUCUGCUCCUCCAGUCUUCAGACAGACCAGAAAGGUCUGCAGCUUCUUCAAUUGUGACUCCAGUUACUCUACGAAACCUGCUAGCUGCAGAUGCAACUGCCCGCUGGGUAAGGCCUACCAAGGAGACUGCUCCGAUGCCUCCAGCCAGGAGGAAGAGUCGUAUGUUCAGGGAUACAAGAAAAAGCACGGGACCAAGAGUCCAUGUCAAGGUCUCUCUAGUGCCAAGGGCUCCCAGGGGGAUAGUCGGAGGGGGGCCCACACUGCAGAACAUAAUGGUCCAGCAGAGAGGAGGAAGAGCUGUACGCUGAGGAGCAGCCAGGAGGCAGAACAGCACCCAGAAACAGAGAAGAGAAGCCACCCAGCCACUAAAACAAAGAGCAGAGGCCUGCCCACAGACAGGGACAAGGGGAAGGGGAAAGGUGCUGCCUUUGUAGCCAACGGUAGGCUGGUACCAACCCUGUCACCUCAGAGGAAAGAUGGAGGUUCUGGUCCAGAUACCUUUGGUGAAACAUCAUCAGAAAGCUACAGCUCUCCAUCCAGCCCUCAACACAGAGGACCAGAGAGCAUGGAUAGUGAGGACGACAACAACAAAGAUACAGACAGCCACUCUGAUGACUCCAGCAAAGGACCGGGCCCUGGCAUGUUCUUCACUCACCAGACUGGUCCAGCUGCGGUGGGAGAGGUCUCCUCUGUCCACCCUCUGUCUUCCAAGAACCACCAGGCCCAGCUGGAGCCGCUCUGCCCAGAGACCGGCUCAGAUUUCCCCCCUCUCUCCUUCAUGCAUCCUCUGCCCUAUGUGCUCCCCAACGGGGCCGCUGACUCUCCACUUCCACUGGUCCCUCCUCCCAGCCAAAGCAUCAUCCCCGACGUGAAGCCCUCCUCCGGGACUUUGAUGAUGCAGAUGCCCCUAGUGCCUCCAGCUGUCCCAGGCCCUGGACUUGUGGGAGAACCAGAGAAGAGGGACAUGCUCCCAACCUUUGGGAUUCCACCUAUCGGCCUCCACCCUCCGGCAAGUCCUGCUGUGCAGCCUCUGGUUCAGAGAUUCAAAACAGCUUUGUCUCACAGCCAGGGUGGCACUGAUGGAGCUUCAGGGAGCGGUUCUACCCCCGCAUCCCCGCAGGCUUCACACCAGGUUCCUGUAAGAGCCAUCAGUGUCAUGUCUCCUGGCUCCACAUCCUUCUCCUCUCCUCUUCAUCAGUCUCUGCCCUGCCAAGACCCAGCCAGUGUCAGCUCAGGCCUGGCCCCCUCCCUGCCACAUGUGGAGACUUCACAUGCCAAGCACCCCAGCUUAACCUUACCGUCUGGCCUGCCUUCUCCCUACACCCUGCCCCCUGUCCCCACCUCCGUCAUGCCUGCUGUAGGACCGCCUGCAGCCACUGGGGUAGCUCUAUCUCCUGGACAUGUACAAGCAGCUGUUCCUCCAGCUGUGCCCACCCACACCCCUGGACCCGCCCCCAGCCCCAGCCCAGCACUUACUCACAGCACGGCCCACAGCGACUGUACAGCGUACAGCAACAGCAGUGCUUCCUGUGGAAGUGCCCCUGUUAACCCUAUUACCCUUCAGCAAACCCAGCAGCAACAGUUGCCCCCCCAGCAGCCGACACCACCACAACAGCAGCAGCAGCAACCGAUGGGCUGCGGGACCUGUGGUUGCCACAACAACUGCGGCGGCCGAGGCGGCGUCACUAACAACAACAGCGUCAGCGGUGCCUCCGGCUGCCAAACGCCGCUAUACUUCCCUGCCCACCAGAUGGCAGCAGCGCGGCAGAUGUUCAGCGUUCCGCCGCACAUCUUCCAGCUCACGAGCCUGUGCAGCAACAGUUACCUCACCCAGGCUCAGCCUCCUCACCAGGCCAACGGCGCUGCCACCCUGUCCCCCUUCUUCCCCACCGCUCCGCCUCCCGCACACCCGCCCCCCUACGGCCCCCUUCACACUCACUCUCACAGCCACGCGGACGUGUCGUCACACAUGCUCGGCACUGCCAACUACAACCUCCAGCAGCAGAUGGCGCCAGCGGCGUCGUUCUGCCAGCGCAUCUACCACCACAUGUACCCGAAUCAGCUGGGGAUGAUGCCUGCCGCCGCGCUGGGGGGAGGCGGAGUCAAUAAGAAGAACGGCAACGUGUCCUGCUAUAACUGUGGAGUGAGCGGCCACUACGCUCAGGACUGCAACCAACCCUCCAUAGACUCCACACAGCAAGGUGGCUUCCGGUUAAAGUACACAGCCUCCCACAUUUCAGAAGCACUCGACAACGCCGACUGAAGGAGAGAAGAAGAGGAGUCCCUCUGGGUCUCGUUUCCACGGCGAUGGUCCUCUGCUCCUCCCCGGGCACUGUGCGUGAGCAGCUCACUGAAGCUUCUGUGUACUUCAGGAAAAAAAAACUCAAAAAAAAAAAAAAAAACUCAAAAAGAAAGAGUGACCUGCCAAAGGCUCGGUGGACAAAGCCUAAGUACUUGUGCCUGAGAAAACUUUGUUCCCAUGGAGAUGACUCACUGUCUCGUGCACAGCGACAGUCCACGUGACCACGGGCCCCUUCCCUUUCAGUUUGUUUUUGAUAUUUUUGCACUGAGGGUUGGAUAUGAUUAACUUAUUACUUAAUUAUUAGGAAGUUCAGAGAUUUUGGGGGAUUUUUUUGUUUUUACUUAAAAGUCUCAACUGAAAAUGGUUCUUGUACACUUAUUUCUAAAAUAGCGUAUUUAUGCUUUUUCCUCAUUAUUACUGUUCACCUAGGAUUUUAUUGUCUGACAGAAUUGUACAGCAGUUUUCAAAGAUUAAAAACAAGAAUCAAAAGAGUAAUGUAAGCAGAAUGGAAUUUAGGUUUGUUUCAGUUUUGCUGUAAGGUUUUGAAUGUACACCUUCUCAUAUAAGGAAGCUGACUGUGUGUAAGUGUAUGCGUUUGCGCCACUUGAUAUGUGUUUAGUUGGAAGGUAAUUGCUGCUUUGUAACUAUAUAUUUUUUUUCCAUUUUUAAAAUAGUUUUAUUGAGUGAAAUGCACUAUAGCGAGGCAGGAACACAAGUGCACUAGAACAGUCGGCACUAGAACAGAAUUAUUGUUUUUCAAAAUCGACACGAUAAAGUGGAAUAAUCAGCUGAUGCAGCGUUUUGACUGUUUUAGAAUAUUGAAGUAUUUCAGGUGAGGAACAGCUUUUUAGGGCUAGCUUUUUGAAAAGAGAUGCUGUAGACCCCAGCUGAGUAAACUCACAGUAGUCAGAUUGACUAUGACCCCCUGAAUUUUAGUCUAAAGACACGGUCAGGCUGAAAUUCCCACUUGUACACAGAAAAUACUCAGAAGCUCUGGGUAGAUUCUAUUUUGGACUCUGGUAUUUCUAACCACUACUGCGGCGGUUCUACAGGCCUCCGUUGGCGUCAAACUAGCUAGAACAUACAAUGUGUGAUCUAACCAGGUGUAAAGGUUAACAGUUUUAUACCCCUGCAGCCCUGAUCUCGCUCCCCAAGAAUGAUGUGUUUACAUGCAUUUGUUAGCCUGAAACCUUCAUUCAGCCUGUUAGCCAGUUAGCUGUAGGGCGAGGUGGAGCUGGGCCUGAAAUCGAUUCAUUUGGAAUAAAAUUUUAAUACGAUGCAAAAAAAAAAAAAAACGGCUGAAUGGAAAAAGAUUUACGCUACAGAUGUUCUAAUGCGGGGAUAUACAGCUGCUAAGGCCUCUUUAAAACAAUCCACUCAGUCAUCUACAGAGAACGUUUCCCUGCUGAAGGCCCCCGUUAUAACACACUACAGAUGAAGUGGUGUUUGUAGUUUUGUUUUUUAAGAAACAAAAAUCAGGACCAGGAUUUUAUUGGAUGGGGGGGGGGUAUUUUGUCUUGCCCUAACCAAUGGGCAGUUCUUCCUGCCCCUCAGAUGUUGAUUUCAUUCGAAGCUGCACUGAUGCUCAUCAGGAGCAGUAAAGUUAACACUCAAGUCAAUUAAAGAAAUAUGCUAACUUAUUUAAGUGUGUUAUUUCUGUAAGUCCACUUACAACAUCUGUACAGCUGCAUCAGUCUCCUCCACGCUCACCAGUUUUCUGUCUUACACUUUUUCAUGGAUGUAGCUAGCUAGCUGGGCGUUCCCAUUUAUUUAUUAAAGCAAGAUGUAACUUCUGUUUAACUGUGGCCACAGGUGACAUUAACAGGAUGCUAGAGAAUAGUAUAGUCAGUGAAAUGAUGACUCAGUAAUCAGCAAUGUCUAUCUAAAGUUGGCCACCGUACGUUGAACACAUCAGACCAAGCAAGGCUGCAGCAGCGAGAACUGAUGAUCAGUUUCUAGAAGUGAACAUUUUCAGACAUGCAUAAAUGAUUGCAGACAAUUCACAGAGCUCUUUGUGUGAAGCAUACUGACGCUUUAAGAAUACAGCAGUUUGGUAUUGAUGGCCAUUUCAAUUGUUGAGCUUCCUUUUGUUAAAGCUGCAGUAGGUAAUUUAACUUUGUGUCAUGUUUGCCGAGAAAGAUAGUUGAUCGUUGAGUCUCUUUCCUACGGCGUGAAAUACGGACGCUUUGGUGAAUGAGACUCAACUACCUUCAAACCUCCAACCCAAAGUGUCUUUCUAUCCUUCUCGGCUCUGAUUGGUUGUUUUCGUUCAGGCCCGGUGGAUUCUUGCAAAUAGCAUUAGGAGCACUAGGAGGAGCCAGAGGAAGCUGAUUUUCUUUUACAGAUUAUUUUGUCUCAUGUACUACUGUCAGGAUGUAGUGAACGUUUUAGCAAAUAUGACCAAAAAAAAUCUUUAUAAAAAUGACCUACUGCAGCUUUAAGGACAGAAUUUUCAGCCGUUGCUUUCAUCAGUGUACAAGGUGGAGCCAGCUUCAAACUGUCCCGUGGAUUAACUUCUCAAGGGUUGAUAUAUGAAUAUGAAGACAUUUCUCUCCUGCACUCUUGGUAUAUUAAUGUGUUUGUGUGUCAGAUCACCUGUUAAAGAGUGAACUGUUCACAGCUGGCUCCUAUAAGAGAGCAGAAUGUGUGUUGUGUUGAAACACUGAGGAAGGCAAUUACUGACUUUUUCUACACUUGUUAAUGUAGAGAAUGAAUGUGGAAUAUCCAUGUUGGGGGUUUCUUUCUCCACAGAACUGUUGAAAACUGACAUAAGAUAUCUGUCGAACCUGAUAAUGACAUUUGACCACCAAUUUUUGUUUGUUUUAAGCCAUCAGAUUCCCUCACGUGUUUAAGGUUAUUCUACUUUCUAAGGUGGUAUUUCAUGCUUCCGCAGCCUCACUUUGUCCAGCUGUGUCGUUCCUGGUCAGGGCGGUGUGUGUGUGUGUGUGUGUGUGUGUGUGUGUGUGUGUGUGUGUGUGUGUGUGUGUGUGUGUGUGUGUGUGUGUGUGUGUGUGUGUGUGUGUGUGUGUGUGUGUGUGUGUGUGUGUGUGUGUGUGUGUGUGUGUGUGUGUGUGUGUGUGAGAGACACUCUCAGGCUGUUUUCAGGGCUUUGUGGACGCUCUGCUUGUUUUAGUGGUUUUGUCUGCCUACUGUCAGUGCAUUAGUUCAAUUAAAAAUCUAUGCAUACGUGCUUGUUUCCCUGAACGCUUAAAGUGACUGUCACGGGCGCCAGUGGUGGAGACUCUGUGAUGUUUGAUGUAAAUGUGUAAAGGAUGCACACCCUCAGACACACUGCUGUUAGAUCGGACUAUGUCCAAAACUGUUUCCCAGAAAGUUCUUCCUUUCGUUCGACACUUGAAGCGGAUCCGAGGGUCCUGCCGAGCUCUGGACCCAGUGAUCACAAGCAGUGAGCAGAUGUGGACCAGUGUACAUACCGAGGAUGCACCAAACAACCCAAGUGUAGUUUUGUUAACCUUGAUGGUUUGAAAAAUGCUGUACUGUACAUUUGCAAGGGGUCCCGCGGCCCUCAGUUGUAAUGUUUACUGUACUCUUUGAUAUCUCUGUACUGGAAAGGUCAAAUAUAUUUCUAGAGCGGAAUUUGGAUUUUAUGCAAAUUGUUGAUGUUUUUUUUCCUGUAAUUAAAAGCAAUAAAUAUAAAAAUGAUAAGUGAA